AUGCUCAAAUUCUCCAAACCCGAGACUCGUGUUCAGAAGCAGUGUGAGCCUAAUGUCCUCCCCUGUCGCAUCCAUCAGGACGGGCCGGUCGACGCUUCGCCGAGGUACUGGGCUCCAAAGACAGCUCAAGAUGGACAGCCAGAGGCAUACUUCCGCGGGAGGAGGCUGAGAGGACAGGAGAUUGAUGUUCCCCAAGGGUACAGAGGCGUUAUUGUCAAGGAAGCUGGGAAGGAGAGGACCUCUCUCCAAAACACUGACGUGGGCAAUUUGGAGAGAGAAGAAGGGGAGGAGGAGCAGGAAGAAGUCACAGUGUUGAACGAGGUCGGCUCAUUCGACAGGGUGGUUGUUUGGAGUCACGAGACCAGGCUCGACGAGGACGAUGCCUUCGUGAAGGGUUUGGGUGAAUGGAUUGGUUUCGCUGAAGCUAUAAAUGCCCCAGGAGACGAAAACACUUCGGAGUUAAAUGAGGACCAUGGACUAUCCGUUCGUUGGAGACAGAAGCAGGCGUGGAUCAAAGAGGCGUCACAAGGCGUCUGCUCUUGGAUUGGUCGAAGAGUCCUCCCACCAAAGGGAAACGACCACCUACUUUAG